AUGAACAGCAAAUCAUCAAAAUCGUCCGGCGAAGAAUAUAUGGAGAACGAUUCCGGGAACAAUUGGCGCCUCUUUACUUCAAAGGAUAUGAAUGAAGGACCAUUACGUUCUCGAGCCUCUGGCCCCACUGCUCAGGGGAGUGCCCUGUCUGAUAUAACCAAUAAUAUUGUUCAAGACCGUUGCUCUGUCAAGCCUAGGUUGCGUAGAAAUGUUAAAGUACCUCACCACACUCCAACAGGAAAUAGUUUCAACCUCACUUCUCCAACGUCCACUCCUGCAAGUACAAUAUGUAAUGCCAGUAGUAGUGGGGACCAAUUUAUUCCUCCAAAGAAAGCUAUGAGACGAUGCCAUCCUGAAUCGAGUAGAACUCUAUUCCCUGAUGAAGAAGUACUAGAAACACAAGAUCAAAGCAAUGAUAUCUAUGAACCAGAGACUAACAUUGUUCAUGGUCCAUGGUUUACUGACGAUGAGGAUGACUCAGAUUAUGUCAUAGAGAACUCCAUUGAAGACUACUCGAUGUCAGAUGAGUGUGACAGUGAUCAAGAGGAAAAUGUUGUUCCUCCCGUCCAAUUAGGAGCAAAAGAUAAAUGGAAGAGUAAACGUGUUGUGGCAGAUGAGUAUGCAAGCUUGGGUGGACCCUCUGCUAAGUGUUUAAAAUGCAAUGCAAGAAUGUGGAAAGAAGAGAGGGUCAAUAAAAAUGUUACGAAGGGCACUCCAAUUUUCUCUAUAUGCUGUAAGAAAGGUGCCGUGAAGUUGCCACCUUCUCUUCCAACUCCUGACUAUCUACUGCACCUUCACACUGAUGCUGUUAAAUCUCCUGCCUUUCAUCGCUGUAUACGACUAUACAAUUCUAUGUUUUCGUUUACAUCGACAGGUGGGAAUGUGGAUCAUUCAAUCAAUAAAGGAGGCUGUCCAUAUAUAUACAGAUUGAAAGGUCAGAAUUUUCAUGUUUUUGGUUCUUUGAUACCAAAUACAGGCGAGGAGCCCAAAUUCUGUCAAUUAUAUAUAUAUGACACUGCCAAUGAGAUUACUAAUCGCAUGCGUUGGGUAAAUGUUAAAGACCAGGACAAAGUCGAUGUUCAGGUUGUUCAGGGUCUUAUUAACAUGUUGGAUGAUACCAAUGAGUUGGUUCGAGAAUUCAGAACAAGACGUGACCGAUUUGAAAAUAAUGACAUCAUUGAUUUGAAGAUCACCUUAAAGGUUUGUCGAGCCCAGAGUGGCAGAGAGAAUCACAUUGCUCCUUCAGACGAGGUGGCUGGGAUCAUGGUUGGUGAAAGCAACACUACCUGCGGUGAUCGAGAUAUAAUCAUUGAUAGUUACAAGGACGGACUGGAACGGAUAUCCUUCAUUCAUCCGAAACUAAUGGCAUUGCAGUAUCCUAUUUUGUUUCCUAAUGGUGAAGAUGGUUAUCAUGACCAAAUUCCAUUUGAAAAAAAUGGAAACAACUCCAACAAUUCUCAUGAAUACAUCUCCAUGAAAGACUACUACUAUAAAUUUCAAGUCAGGGAGAGUGAAGGGAUGACUGCACGUUUGGGUGGUCGGUUGUUUCAGCAAUAUAUGGUGGAUGCUUUUUCAUCCAUUGAGCAAACUCGCCUUUGGUGGUUCCGUAUUAAUCAGACUACUUUACGAAAUGAGUUAUAUACUCAUAUUUGUGAUUCACUACGUAAAGGAAAUUCUGAUUCCUCUAAGGUCGGUAAAGGUAUUAUUCUUCCAAGUAGCUAUGUUGGCUCCAAAAGGUACAUGCAAGAAAACUUUCAGGAUGCCUUAGCUGUAUGUCGGCAUGUAGGACAUCCUGAUGUCUUUCUAACAAUGACAACAAACCCUCUCUGGGAUGAGAUACAGAAAAUGAUGUCUUUUUUGCCACAUUGUAAGGUUGAGAACUAUCCUGACAUUAUAUCUAGAGUCUUCAAACUCAAACUUGAUCAGUUAACAAAUGACAUUAAAAAAAAUGGUCAUUUUGGGAAAUGUAUAGGAGGUACAUUCUCUAUCAACAUGCCUAUGUUAUUUUAA